AUCGGUUUAGUGCGCGCCCGCAGGCCAACGCAGUUGGAACGCAUUCUAGAACAGCAGCAGCAGCAGCAGAAGCAGAAGCAGCAGCAGCAGGCCAUCUAUUCAGUUGGAGAUCGGAAUUGAAGAUACACGAACAGAUCCGCGCGCAGCCCCACACACACGCACACACACACAGAUACAAAAAUGGAGGACGAUGAGAAAAUGGACAUCAUGCGCAAGGCAUUCCAAAUGUUCGACACACAAAAGACGGGCUUCAUUGAGACGCUACGCCUCAAGACGAUCCUCAAUAGCAUGGGUCAGAUGUUCGAGGAGAGCGAACUGCAGGCGCUGGUCGAUGAUAACGAUCCCGAGGACACCGGCAAGGUGAAUUUCGAUGGCUUCUGUGCCAUUGCCGCCCAUUUCCUGGAGGAGGAGGAUGCCGAGGCCAUACAAAAGGAGCUGAAGGAGGCCUUCCGCUUGUACGAUCGUGAGGGCAAUGGUUACAUCACCACCUCCACCCUCAAGGAGAUCCUGGCCGCCCUCGAUGACAAGCUCUCGUCCAGCGAUUUGGAUGGCAUCAUUGCCGAAAUUGACACGGACGGCUCUGGCACUGUGGACUUUGAUGAAUUCAUGGAGAUGAUGGCGGGCGAGUAGGCGGGCGUCUGGGGGUAAUCAUUAUUUGCUGACAUACACAAAAACCAACGUGGAAAAAGAAGCUUUUGGGUUUAAUAAUAAUUUUU